AUGGAAACAAACCAGCAAUUUUCACUGCGGUGGAACAAUUACGUUCAACAUAUAACUUGUGCUUUUGAUAAUCUUAGAAGCGAUGAAGAUUUAGUGGAUGUGACUCUUAGUUGCGAGGGUAGAAAAAUAUUGGCUCAUAAAAUGCUAUUGUCGGCAUGUAGUACUUACUUUAAAAAUGUAUUUAAGGAAAAUCCGUGUAAGCAUCCUGUGAUUAUAUUUCGAAACGUCAAAUUCGAAGAUUUAGCAGCUAUUGUUGAUUUUAUGUAUCAUGGUGAGGUUAAUGUUGAACAAGAACAAUUAACUUCUUUUCUUACCACUGCUGAAAUGUUGGCAGUACAAGGUUUAACUGAUGGUUCUGGGCCAACCAAGGAUAAUUAUAAAGAUGAUAAUCGUCGUAGACAGCCAUCUCUUCUUGAGUCAUCACUUCUUGGAUCAGUACAAGAUUCUAAUUUAAAUAACAGGCAAAAUCACUUACAAAAGAAUUCAACGAAAACAAACAUUCCUCAUUAUUCCAAUCCUUUUUGUAGUCAAUCUUCAUUGAAUAGACCCAAUACUCCUACCUCGAAUAGAAAAAGAAAAUUCAGUCCUUCUAAGGUUGUGAACAGUAUUUCUAACAAAGACAGUAGUGUAGAAAGUGAUUCUAAGCAAAUAAAAAAAAAGUCAGUUAAGGAAGAUUUGGACUCUUAUAACACUCCAUUAGUACCUAAAGUUGAAGUGAACGAUUUUGAUGACAAUGAUAGUAAUUACAGUGAGCAAGAAAGUGGAAUGAUUGAUGUUAGUCAGCUUUUAGAAAAAAAUACAGAAAAAGAAAGUGUUGAACUUUUUAGUACAAAUUCUAGAGAUUCACCAUAUCCAGCCAUAAAAACUGAAGGUGUGCCAGCAUCUGAAAUAGACAAAGGUAUAAAUCCAGUAUCAGAUCAAUCCUUGUUAAAACCGGGAACAUCAGGAAAUGUCGACACGUUGCAGGGUGAGUGA